AUGGCUUCUAUUAAAAAUAAACCUCUGACGUACAAUAUAAACAGCGAUCGAGUCAUAACCGGGUCUUUCGACAAAUCUGCUCGGGUCUGGGACCCAGUUAGCGCUGAAUGCCUCGCAACCCUAUGGGGUCAUCGAGGUGAAGUUGUAGCUGCACAGUUCAACUCCAAAGGAGAUAUGGCUGCAACUGGUUCUAUGGAUCAUACCGCGAAGCUGUAUGACGUGAAGACCGGCACGGAGUUGCUGAACUACGAGGGUCACACGGCGGAGGUAAUUACGCUGCAAUUCGAUCCUAAUGAAGGUCAACGCCUCAUCACGGGUUCCUUUGAUGGUACCAUCUCCGUUUGGGACACUAGGGUUAAAGACCGGGUCUCAGUUUUGCGUGGACACGAUGGUGAAAUCUCGAGUGUACAGUAUAACUGGGACAGUUCACUAGUGGGCUCAGCAUCUUUAGACGGCAGCGCUAAAUUAUGGGAUGCACGAUCUACAGUCUGCUUAGCGACUGUUGCCUCACACACAGACGAGGUGCUUGACAUUUGCUUCGAUUGGGCUGGCCAGAGAAUGGCUACCUCUUCUAGUGACUGCUCGGCUCGCAUUUAUGAUGUGCGUGCUGAUUUCAAGGAACUUGCAGUCAUGAAGGGUCAUCGUGAAGAAGUCUCUAAGGUGUGCUUUAGCCCAGCGGGCGGAUGCUUACUCUCAGCAUCUGCAGAUCGCAGUGCACGCGUGUGGAACACUAACACAGGCAACUGCAUUCAGUGUAAAAAUUUAGAUUCAAGUCGUACAGUCAAACUCUGGAACAGUUUGUCGCCAGCGGUAUUUCCCGACCGAUACGACCUUCAAACUUUCAAGCGUAGAGCAUAUUCGUCCCUCAAAGGCCGGCAGCGCACUUGUAGCCCCUCUGGUGUUGCAGGUGUCCAUGGGCAACGGUGUUGUCUGGUCACCAAGGAGAGAUAUUCUCCUGUGCAUACUCUUACGCCGGAGACGCCAUCGUCACAGCUUCCAAAGACAACACUUGCCGCAUCUGGAGGUGAUUCGACUGGGGUGGGAGGAUUCCCCCUGGCAGAGGAGGCCAGACGGCCGGGGGUCAGGGCGACAAGAGAGAAAACGGCGGACGAUCCUUGCGUUAUCGAGCAAGAUCGCCCGCUGGAGCCUCGCAAUCAUUGGUCCGUCACGGAGUCCCAACCUCUUCAGAUGGUCGUGAAGAGAAGUUGGGACUAG